AAGUGCAACACUGAUCAACUACUUCCCUAACACAACCCACCAGCAGAAUCUUAGCUGGAUGCACCCUCCCCUUCCUUCCUUCCUUCCUUCCUUUCUUCUUCUUCUUCUUCUCAUUCAACCCUUUCCCAUUUUCUUUUCUCCUUUCACUUUCUUUCCUGGAAAAACAAAAAGUGGAAGAAAAGAAAAGAACAAGUCCCCACUCAAUUUACACACACACUACCACUGCCAUUGAUUCUUUCUUCCACUGAAACAACUGGACUGAGCUGAGCUGAGCUGAGUUAACCACAAUGCCCAGCUCCUUCUUGCUCAUAACAUUCUUGAUCUUAUCCUUCCCUCCAAACCUCUUAUCCUCCACCCCAAAUCGCAGAAUCCUACACCAGCCAUUCUUUCCUCUUGACAACAUUCCUCCUUCCGAACCACCUUCUCCUCCUCCUCCUCCUCCUCCUGCUCCUUCUACUCCUCCUACUAAAAUCCCAUUUUCCACUACUACCCCUAAUCAGUCUCCUUUUUUCCCUUCUUACCCUUCUCCUCCUCCGCCUCCUUCUCCUGCUACAUUUGCUUCUUUCCCUGCCAACAUCUCCUCUCUCAUCCUUCCUCAAUCCCCUUCUCCAAAACCCAAAUCCCAAAAACUCCUCGCUGUUGCUAUCUCCGCUGUUAUUUCUGCUAUUGCUGUUUUGGGUUUCAUAAUCUUUUACUACGCCCGCCGUAGGCAACACCACCACAGUGGAUUUUCCGAUGACAAGGCUUAUAGAUCGGAUAACAGUAAUAGAUUAUAUCAAACAAAUGCUGAUGCAAAAAUCAGUGCUAGUCGCAAGCUAAGAACAAGAACUAGUUCCACUAGCUCUGAGUUUCUUUAUCUGGGCACUUUAGUUAAUUCCCACAGUAUCAGUGAAGCUCAUGAGAAUGGUAAUGUUGGGCCGGAUCCUCGGAAGAUGGAUUCGCCUGAGCUACUCCCAUUACCACCGCUUAACAGGCAGCAGAGUUCCAGGCAGAAUUAUGGAAAUGGAGAAGUGAGUUGUUCUGGUGAUGAGGAUGAGGAAUUUUACUCUCCGAGAGGAUCAUUAGGAGGUAGAGAAAGCUCAAGUGGUGCAGGAUCGGGGUCUAGAAGAGUGUUUGCUCCCGUGGGUGGUGAUGAUUUUGAUGCAAGGAGCAGUGAUUCAAGCUCUUAUACAUGUUCUAGUUCAGGUUCUCCAGCUCGUUCUCAGUCACUAAGUAUAUCUCCACCAGUAAGUUUAAGUCCACGACCAAAAUCCCCACAAUCUAAUGCCGUUCAGGCUACUGCUGCUUCACCUCUACCAGCAUCACCACCACUGAUGCCUCUGCAAAAUGAGCGAAAAUCUCCAUCUACUUUAUCUGCUUCCUCUCAAGAUGGAAUAACAUUUAAUUUAGAGCGAAAUGUUCAGUCACCUUCACUAUCUUCAGCUUCUUCGUCGCCCAAAAGAAGUUUGGAGAAUAGCGCACAUGCAUCUCCAAGAAUAUUGAAUGAUUUGGACCGAAAUGCACGGUCUCCAUCAUUGUCCCCAGCAAAGAUAUUGAAUACGAAGUCCCCUGUGUUAUCCUCUGCUUCUACAUCACCUGACACAUCAAUUGCUUCUUCUCCUAGAAUAUCAAAUGCUUUGGGUCGAGAUGUCAGGUCUCCUUAUCUCUCUUCUGCUACUACAUCGCCAGAUAGAAUUUCUGAAAAGAUCCCAUCUCCAAGAAUAUCAAAUGAUUUGGAUCGAAAUGUUUCUUCUUCUUUCUUGUCUUCUGCUUCUCCCUCACCAGGAAGAGUUUUGGACAAUAACUCACUUGUCUAUCCCAGAAUUUCAAAUGUGUCUUCAGCGUCUCCUUCACCAGGAAGAGUUCUGGAUAAUAACCCACUUUUUUAUCCCAGGAUUUCAAAUGUGUCUUCAGCUUCUCCUUCACCAGGAAGAGUUUUGGACAAUAACCCACUUGUUUAUCCCGGAAUUUCAAAUGUUUCUGAUCAAAGUAAGAAGUCUUCUUUAGUGUCUUCAGCUUCUUCAUCACCAGAUAGACGUUUGGAAAAGGCUAGUCCAGAUGAAUCACCAAGGAUUUCUUCUGGUCUAAAUGCAAAAAUUAGCAGUGUGUUAGAGCAGCCUAUUUCUGUCACUCCUCCUCCACCACCACCUCCUCCUCCACCACCGCCUCCUCUGCAGCAACAAAGAUACUCACCACCCGCCCCACCAGCACAGCAAAGACAUUGGGAAUCUCCAGUUGCAUCAACACCCACAGGGCAAUCGAUUUCCAGGCCACCAGUACUUAUACCACCAUCAAGGCCUUUUGUAUUACAAGGUACAUCAUCAAUGAUAUCUCCAAUUGAAUUGCCACCAAGUUCGAAACCAACUGAGGACUUUGAGGAGACUCCUAGUAAGCCAAAAUUAAAGCCUUUGCAUUGGGAUAAAGUUAGAGCAAGUUCUGAUCGUGAAAUGGUUUGGGAUCAGCUCAGGUCAAGCUCUUUUAAAUUGAAUGAGGAGAUGAUGGAAAGUUUGUUUGUUGUAAACACUCCAUAUCAAAAGCCAAACCAGACAACUCCACGUUCAGUUGUUCCAUCACUAAACCAAGAUAAUAGGGUACUUGAUCCCAAAAAGGCACAGAAUAUAGCAAUUUUGCUUAGGGCACUCAAUGUGACAAUUGAGGAAGUUUGUGAAGCCCUUUUGGAAGGCAACACUGAGACGCUUGGAACUGAACUUCUGGAAAGUUUAUUGAAGAUGGCACCUACCAAAGAAGAAGAGCGUAAACUAAAGGAAUAUAAAGAUGACUCACCAACAAAACUUGGCCAUGCUGAGAAAUUUCUCAAGGCUGUGCUUGAUGUACCUUUUGCAUUUAAGCGAGUCGAUGCAAUGCUGUACAUAACCAAUUUUGAGUCUGAGGUUGAGUACCUGAAAAGGUCUUUUGAAACUUUAGAGGCUGCCUGUGAAGAACUACGAAAUAGUCGGAUGUUUUUGAAACUUCUAGAAGCUGUGCUCAAGACAGGGAACCGCAUGAAUGUUGGCACUAACCGCGGUGAUGCCCAUGCCUUCAAGCUUGACACGUUACUCAAGCUUGUUGAUGUCAAGGGUGCAGAUGGAAAGACCACACUCUUGCAUUUUGUUGUACAGGAAAUUAUAAGAACUGAAGGCGCCCGUCUUUCAGGGCUCAACCAAACUCCAAAUUCAACCUCAAGUGAAGAUGCUAAGUGUAGGAAGCUUGGGCUGCAAGUUGUUUCUGGUUUAAGUUCAGAGCUUACCAAUGUGAAGAAAGCAGCUGCUAUGGAUUCUGAUGUGCUUAGCAGUGAUGUCUCCAAACUUUCUAAAGGCAUUGAGAAUAUCAAUGAGGUUGUGAGAUUAAAUGAAACCAUGGGGUUAGAUGAAAGCAGCCAGAAAUUCUCAGAAGCAAUGGAAAGAUUCAUGAAAAUGGCUGAGGAGGAGAUCAUAAGGAUUCAAGCCCAUGAAAGUGUUGCCUUGUCUCUAGUGAAGGAGAUCACAGAAUACUUUCAUGGUAAUUCAGCCAAAGAAGAAGCUCACCCAUUCAGAAUCUUCAUGGUGGUCAGGGAUUUUCUAGGUGUUCUUGACCGGGUCUGCAAAGAAGUUGGUAUGAUAAAUGAGCGAACCAUAGUCAGUUCUGCCCAUAAAUUUCCAAUUCCAGUAAAUCCGAUGCUGGCACAGGCUGUUGUUGGACACGAUGCAAAGAAGCAGUAUAGUUCUUCGGAUGAUGAGAGUGGAUCAGGUUAAAUUUUUGUGGGAUUUAGCCUGAAACUACUUCAGGCUGGUAAUUUGGGCCAGCUGGGGUUUGAUCGUGGUUGCCUGCCUGAUUCAUGUAAUUUAUUUCUUUUGUUUCUUUUCCAAUAUUUGUAUAAAGUUUUGGGAUUGCUGUUGUCUUAUAGAUAGCAUAUACAGAGAUCUUUGGGAGGCAUAAUGCAGAAUACUGAAAUGGGUGGGAUCAUGAAUGUUGCAGUAGCCUGUCAAAGACUUUGAUAAUAGGAACUCUGUCUAGUUACAUAGAAAGUAAAGCUCUUAACUAUAGGCUUCUCCUGUUAUAUAGAAGAAUUUAUGCAUAUUUUUCA